CAACCCACUCACUGCAUUGUACUCCAAACAACAAUUUUACACACAGUCACCUACUACUUAGUUUCACUUGCUCCUCAAAGAAAAUGGCAACCAAAUUUCCCUCCAUCGUAUUCAUAACAUUUGCCCUCGUUCUAGAGUUGCACUCCAUCGAAGCUGAUUAUGGUGGUUGGCAAGAUGCACACGCCACAUUCUACGGUGGCGGUGAUGCUUCCGGCACUAUGGGAGGGGCAUGUGGAUAUGGUAACUUGUAUAGUACAGGGUACGGAACCAAUACAGCGGCAUUGAGUAGUGCAUUGUUCAACAAUGGAUUAACUUGUGGUGCCUGUUACGAAAUGAGGUGCAACAAUGACCCCAGAAAUUGGUGUCUUGAUGGUACCAUCACCGUCACCGCCACCAAUUUCUGCCCUCCCAAUUACGGUUUGCCGAACGACAACGGCGGUUGGUGCAAUCCUCCCCGGGAGCACUUUGACCUCGCUGAGCCGGCUUUCCUCCAAAUUGCUCAAUACCGCGCCGGAAUUGUUCCCGUUGUCUACAGAAGGGUGCCAUGUGUGAAGAAAGGAGGGAUAAGGUUCACAAUCAACGGACACUCGUUCUUCAACUUGGUUCUGAUCACCAACGUGGCCGGUGCCGGAGACAUCCAUUCCGUCUCAAUCAAAGGGUCUAACUCGGGUUGGCAAACCAUGUCAAGGAAUUGGGGGCAAAACUGGCAAAGCAACUCUUACCUGAAUGGACAAAGCCUUUCCAUUAUGGUCACCGCCAGUGACGGUAGAACCGUGACCAGCUACAACGUGGCUCCUGCUGAUUGGCAGUUUGGUCAGACCUUUGAAGGCAGCCAAUUCUAGUUUAAUUUACUUUUUAUCACCGCCGUUAAAAGAGUAAACGUUAUACUUACUGGGGUUUUACAUGUCGCCUGAUGGGCUUAUUUGGAAAAAGCCCAUUGGGUCAACUGGCAAUUUAUAGUAGUAGUAGUAAAGGGUUUUAAAGGCCGAGGUUGCUGAUUAUAAUAGAGUAGCACCCGCUUGCUCUUCUUUUUUUCCUUUGAAAUUUUCUGAAGUUCUACAUAUUUAAAGGCUACUCUUUGGCAAUAUUGUGUGGUCAAUUUGAGAGGCCUUUCCUGACCCCUUGUGUAAUCUCCAUG